AUGACCAAUAUCAGCGUCAAGAUAGUAUCGGAUACCGUCUGCCCGUGGUGUUACAUUGGCAAGAAGCGCCUAGACCGAGCUAUCGAUCUCUACCGCAAGACGUAUCCCGACGGCAAGAAUGACAUUUUCACAGUCUCCUGGGCCCCGUUCUAUUUGGACCCGACUUCGCCUAAGAAGGGGAUUCCGCUUGUUGAGCGCAUGAUCCAGCGCUUCGGCCCGGACAAAUUAGAAGCCAUGCAAAGGCGCUUGGAGCUGAUAGGACGCGAGGAGGGCAUCAACUUCAGUUUUAAGAGCAAGAUUGGUAACACGCGAGACUCGCAUCGUCUGAUCCAGUUUGGUAAGACGAAAGGCAAUGACGUUGAGAACCGUGUCGUGCUGGAGCUAUUCAAGUCAUAUUUCGAGGGUGAGGGGGACAUAACGUCACAUGAUACGCUGAUCGAUGCGGCUGAGAAGGCCGGUUUGGACAAGGCAGAGGUAAAAGACUGGCUUGAAACGGGCAAGGGCGGCAAGGAAGUCGACGAAGAAGUUCAGGAGGCGUAUGCAAAGGAUAUACACGGUGUACCACAUUUCACAAUUCAAGGUAAGUACGAGGUCGGCGGAGCAGAAGAUCCCCAGACUUUCUUGGAGGCGUUCGCAAAAGCGAAGAGGGGAAUUUGA